AUGCCGGUUGCGCCGUGGGCUGUGUAUGGCGAUAGUGUGGGAAAGGAAAGCCGCUCGGUUACUACGUGUUGCUUCACAGUAACACCCCCCACGGGCCCCCCCUCUCUUGCUGCUAUAGGAGGAGUCCCACAGCCAGCCCUUCGCGAGGCUCGCCACCGCCAACGCCAGCAGAAGCAGCAGCAGCAACCCAUCAGCGAGAUUCUCAAAGAGGCGCUAGAGGAUUUCGAAGAUGAUGAAGAAGCCGAGGGAGCAAGCGGAAGCCGGGGCAGCACCAAAAGUCGACCAACGCCGAUGUCUGUAGUAGUCCCACCAGUCUUUGGGAGGUACCCCUAUGACUCCGCGCCUGCUUCUGCUGCAGAGCUUCCUUCUAUUCUUCUGCGCUGUACAAGGGCUGAGGAACACCAGGGAGCGCUGCUGCUCGCAGCAGCGGCGGCGGUCGCCGCAGCAAUGCGGCAACAGCUGGAAGGCAUCUGCCGCAUUGUGCGCACCCACGCGGCCGUCGGGGCUCUCGAGCUGCUGCAGCGCUCGAGCAGCGGCAGCAGUUCGGGGACUCUUUGCGAGUUUCUCCCUGUUGUCAUUAUGCACGUAGGGGCAGAUGUUGAGGACCACCGGCUGGCUGUGCGCAUGCUGCAGUUGGAGCUGCAGCAGCAAGCCAAGUGCUGCUGCGGAGGGCGUCGUAUUGGCCGCACCAGCCGCAAUAACAGCACCGACGCAGAGUUGUUUCUUAGGCAAGUUGUGCUCAGGGCUAGCAACUGCACGAACCCCCUGGCUGCUCUGCGUGCCGUGUAUGGGCAACUCAAGGGCAGUAGCUGCUGCAGCACUUGUAUCGGCCGCAGCAGCAGUAAGGCUGAGAAAGAGUGUCUUGGAGAUGCAUCCUUGCCUGAAGAACUUGCCACCGAUGCUGCUGCUGCCGCUGCAUGGGGUGAGCCCCGUGGAUUUUAUGCACAGCAGCAGCUGCUCCUUCUCCUCCAGUCUCUAGAGGGAGUGGCUGAUGACAGCACCGCAGCACAAGGAGCAGUGCGUGCAGCAGAUGAGGAGGACGGCGGAUACGUCGGUCACGACGUUAGCAGCAGAAUUGGCCAGUUGUGGAAGCGGCAGCUACAGAAGCACAACAGAGGCUUCUGCUGCAGCUGGCGCAGCUCCGGGGAGGGAGGUGCUGUAAGGACGCGCUCUCAGCGUGUAGCAGCAACUGUGGGAAGCAGCAGCAGCAGCAGCAGCAGCGAAUCCAGUGCUUCUGAAGACAACAGCGAUGAUGACGUCAAUGCCGCGGCAAUACGGACGAGCAGCAGCAGCAGCAGCGUCUUGGUAGUUGUGUUGGAAGAGCUGGAGUCAUUUGCGCCUCGCGUUCUUUCGCAGCUGCUGCUUCUUUUAGCAGUGCUGCGUGUCCAGCAGGGAGUUCCCGUGUUGGUUCUUGCCUCUGCUGCUGCAUCUGCUGUUGCGGUGCAGCAGCUACUAGAUCCCACAGCGCUGCGGCUACUGCAGAUCGAUGCGGCAGUGUUGUUGCGGCCGUCUGCUGUGCAUGACGCGCUGCUCCAGCUGCUGCUGUGCUGCCCUGCCAGUGCCCCCUUUGUGCUGCCCGCAGCAGCUAUAGAAGAGCUUCAGGAGUUGCUGCUUGACCAAGGGGCGUCGGUUCUGCAGCUGCUGAGGGUUCUUAAGAUGCUGCUCUACAAGUUUUUUGCAGAGCACCCGUUCUCCUUCCUCUCCGUCGGGGUGCGCUCUGUGGUGCGGGGGAGCCACAACAGACUCUGCAGCAGCCAAGAGGCAGCCUCAGCAUCGGAUGCCGACGCUGCCUCUCCUGGAGACUUUGUAGACUUUGAGGCGCUCGAAAGGCGUCUCGCACUGCUUGCUGCCGCCGUGUUAACGCCUCAUCAGGAGGCAGCGCUGCUACAGCAGAUGAGCAAGUUCCCGCUGUUGUAUGCGGAGCUGCUCGCUGUUGCCCCAAGCAAGCUGGAAUUGCCUUGCUGCAAGGCUACUAGGUCUGAAAGGCAGCAGCAACAACACCGAUCGGCGCCAACCGGGGAAGGGUGCAUCAAGAUUCCAACGUGUGGAGCCAUCGCAAGAGCUUCCGCCGUGCUACAGCAAUGGUGGGGUAGUCCUGCUGUGUCUGCAGUAGCAGAGGAGCAGCGUUCCACAGAAACCCGUAGAAAAAUCUUGCAGCAGCAAGUGCUACCGGUUGCUGCACUGCAGGUUUUAGAGCGGCGCGUUGCUGCAAGUCUGGCUAUGCGGCUCUUGGUGAUCCUGCAGCAACAUGUGCUGCAGCAACGGCAGGCGUUUGCUCUCAGUGCAGCCGAGACAGCCGCUGCCCUAAGCAGCACGGACAGCGGCAGCAGUGCCCUCCCUGCAGUGAACCUGCUGCUGCAGAUUUUGGGAGGCUACCGGACGCCUGGUUACCACGACUACCUGCUGCAAGGAAAGGCAGUGUCGUCUGCUGCAGCGACGCGUAUUGUCUCCCUCAUCUGCGAAGAAGUGAGGCGUGUGGCGGGAGCUUGCUGCCGUGUGGGGGGCCUAGUCACGACUCUGGUGUCGGAGGCACUUAACGCUGCCGCUACAACUGCUUGCUCGGCAGCAGUGCCAAAUGCGCUGCUAGGGGCGCUGUAUCAGUUCAGCCGCCAGUCCCGUAGGGAGUGGGCCGUACUGCAGCAGCUGGAGAGCCGCCUGCAGCUGCAGUAUAAGGUGCAACAGCCAACUCCUACACCCGCCAAAGCUGCUGAGCUCUUCAAGACAAUGAACAAACUGAUCAACGUGCUGCAGCAGGCGUGCGAGCAGCAGCUACAGCGAGGCCAUGACGUCCGGCCCGGUUUCAUCUCCGGACUUGGACGACGGGCGAGCACUGGCACAGCCUCCUUCGCAAAGACAUUCGGUACAACUGUCAGCAGGAGCAGCAGCGGCGGGGAGGGCAGCCUCUGCUCUCGCUUUCAGGACUGGGCAAGAGAUUGUUUGCAGCACUUCCUGCUGCCGCUGCCACAGUGGCAUCCACUAGGCUGCGAACUGGGUGUAUGGUCUCUGUCCUGCUGCGCGGCAGAGCAGCCACAGUAUCUUGCUGCCGCCCUUGCGGUCCCGAGGGUCCCCCAUCACCGCGCAGAGGCAGGCGCUGCAGAUGCGUUGGCUCGACUACAUCCCUUGAGGCCUGCUGAGGUGCUGCAGCAGCUUGCAUGUCUGAACAACAGCGCGCUGGAGUACCACCAGCAGGCAGGAGAAAAUGAACUAGCAAAUGCGGGAAAGGCCUCCGUUGUUCCAGACGAUAGUGGGCUCCUGUAUCGUCGCAUUGCCUUCGGUACUAGGAGAAUCUCCCUAUGGACACUCUUUUGUUCCUUUUGCGCAGAUCUUAUUGAGACCUAUAUACAAAAUCAGCCGCAUUUGAAAGAGCAGCGGCAGGAGCAGCAAGCAAAGCAACAAGGCGUCGCUUCUGCCAAGGCCAGGGGUCGCAGGGGCAAGAAGGGCAGCAGCAAUGGUGACUGCGGAGAGGGGGUGCUUGAAGGCAAGUCUUCGAGCGACCGUCUUCCAUUGGAGCUGAAGGCUCUGCAGGACCUGCAAACUGAGGCCGAGACAGGGGUUUCAGAGCGGAGCAAGGGGUCGCCAACUUUGUUACUGCAUCAAAUAUUCCUUCGCUUCGGUGUGGCACUUGGAACUCUCGAGCACCUGGGCCUUGUUAGGCUCCCCGGCUCUGGUGUCUCCGCUGACGACCUGCUCUUGCGAUCCGGAGAAGCAGGCGGAGCCGAUGCAGAUGGAGCAGAACCGACGUCAGAUAUCGAGCAGGCUGGAAACUCGGAGGUUGACAGUGAUGAAGAAAGGGGGCCUGCUGAAAAUAUUCGGCAGCACCAGGGAUCCACUGAUGACCAUCCAUCCGGCACACGAAAGAAGCGAUCCCGCAAAGUUGCGCCCGCCCUGUCGGAGGCCAUGCAGCUGCAACAGCAACUGCAAGGUCUCUACCUAACGCGGUGCUUUUUUGGGAGUGUGUAUCUCCCCGAGCACCAGGAAGAGCCUAAAACAAGCCACCAACUCAAUGGAGGCGCAGAGCAAAUAGAGUCGAAUAGAACUAAACAAAAUUAG